UGUUAUAGUUGUUUCACUUAUCGUUUCUUUAGAAAGACAAUUACAAUUUUGUUAUAUAUAUUUCAUAAUGAACUCUCUAUGGACAUUUCUAUUUACUAUAUUUGUCUUUACAAUCAUGAAAACUACGGAAACAGUGAACAAUCGACCAAUUAUCGGUAUCCUGACGCAGGAGAUAAAUGAAACCAUAAAUGAAAUAUGUGAUAAUCAGUAUCACAGCUACAUCGCUGCAUCGUACGUGAAAUUCGUAGAAGGUGCCGGCGCUCGAGUUAUACCGAUUUGGAUUGGUAAAGACAAAUCAUACUAUGAGGACAUCUUGAGCAAAACCAACGGGGUUCUAUGGCCAGGAGGAUCGGCGGAUUUCUCUCAGAGAAAUGGAUAUGCUGAUGCAGGCAAGACGAUUUACAGAAUUGUGAAGCGCAUCAAUGCAGAAGGCAAAUACUUCCCAAUAUUCGGUAUCUGCCUUGGUUUUGAGCUCUUGACAUAUGUUGCCGCGAAUGGCGUCAAGCACAGAACGCGAUGCUCCAGCAACGAUCAGACUCUUCCACUAGAAUUCACAGAUGAUGUUAGAAAAAGCAAUUUAUUUAAGAACGUGCCACCAGAUGUCUUCAGGAUUUUGGAAACACUAAAUGUUACACCGAAUUAUCAUCACUUUUGCGUCACGAAAGAGGAUUUACGCCGUGUCAAUUUAACCAAUGAAUUUCACGUAUUGUCACUAAAUCAUGAUAAAAAUGGCUUGGAAUUCAUUUCCGCAUUGGAACAUAGGCAGUUCCCGUUCUACGGAUUGCAGUUCCAUCCGGAAAAGAAUAUUUACGAAUGGCUCGUAAAAAUUUGAACAAAUUUCGAAUGAAACAAGAAGAGGAGCAGAGUCUGAUCUACAACUAUCCUAUUACUUACA